CCGGUUAAUUUGUAGUCCUUGGUUUUAUCUUCUACUGUUCAUUGUUUUGUCCAUUUUUCGCGGUUUUAACGUUUGUUGUUGGUAUAGAAUUGUAUACAUUUAGGACUGGAACAUUAAUAAAUUGACUUUAAAUUAUUUUCGUCCUUGUUUGCCAUUAUUUUCAUAAUUUACAACAUUUACUUAAUUUUAAGUUUUAUUCUAUUUCAAACAGUUGGUAAGUGUUGAACGUAUGACAUUUUCUAUAGUUUUUUGUAUGUUAUAUAAUUACUGUCAAUAAACAUGUUUAAUUGAAUGUAUUGUUAUUUUAGAGGUAUAACUUGAUUAUAUAUUAAAAUGGAUAGUCCAGACAUGGAUAUUGAUGAUGACAGUUGUGAUCCUGUAGAAAAUACAAAAUUGCCUAUUAAAAAAGUCUUAGAUAACAUUGAAACUGUGAGUAUGAUCUUUAAAUAAGGUAUAGAGGUACUUCAUGUUAAUUUAUUGCUUGAAGCCAGUGGUCUUAUUUCUAGUUCUGUAUAUAUUUAGUUUGUCCCAAUAAUUUUAAUGUGUUACAAAGUUUUAAAACUAUUACUGUUUAUACUAUUUUAUUUAGCAUGCAAUAAUAUGUAUUAAAUUUAAAAUUAAAUUAAUAAUUAGUUUAGAGUCUUUGUUAAUUUCAUAGUUAUUAUAAUUAUUUUGCUAAAUUAAUUGUAAAAAAAAUCUUUACAACACUGUAAAUGUAAGUUUUUUUUCUGAAUCCAUUUAAAAACCCAAUAAUUUGAGAAAUUAUUUGUUAUCUAUUUUGAAGUUGUACAUAUAGUUUAUUUGAAUGUUGAGAAAUAUCAGUUAAAAAUGCUAAUGAACAUAAAAAUUGUUUAUCGAUCAUUUGAUUUUUAAAAUAAAUAAAAUGUAAUGUUUGUUUUAAAAAAAUUUAGUAUUUUAUCAAACAAAAUAAAAAAUUUUUGAGGCACUUUCUGCGACUUCAUCAGCGUACAUCUGUGUGCAAUAAUAAAUCACUAUACUCUCAUUCACUGUUCCAAAUAUUUAAUACAGUUGGGGUAAUUUAAUUUACGGUUGCUUCCUCUAAUUAGGUUAGAAAUUUUAAAUGUUGUAUUCAUAAUGUCAUAAAGUCAUUAUUUUACCAUCUAAUGUUUCUUGGUGAAUAAUGCGAUGUAUUGCAGGAACUUUAAUAUUAGAUUUGUGUAAUAAAACAAAAAAACCAAUAUUUUUGUGAACCAUAGUUUUUUCAUUAUCUGUCACAAUUAAUGACAAUUUUUUAAAACCACUAAAGGGUUCAAUUGCAGUUUUUACAGUAUUAAAUAUUUAAUUUCCUUUGGUAGUUCCAUGUAAGGAACACAACUCCAAUUUUUUGUCAUACAGUUCAAACUAUGGAAAAAUAACUCUGGCAGAUAUUAUAAGUUUACUUACAUCUAAAACAUCUGACACAGAUGGAAAGCACAGGCUUUCAUCCAAUGCUAUUGAAAAAUAUGCGCAAUUUUUCAUUAUAGUUUCCAAUGUUUUACGAAUGAUACUAUUAAUGUCAGAUAUACUACAUUUCACUGUGUGUCUUUAAAAUGAUAUUCUUUCAAAUUCAUACAUAAUUUUGUUUUCAUUUAUUGAUUUGGCAAUUUUACUGCAGUUUUUAACAAAUUCGCAAUCAUCCAACGAUUUCUUAGAUUUUGUUAUUUCAUUAGAUAUAAUAUAUGCUGCCAGUAAAAAAUUUGAUUGUUAUUAUGUUGUUAUUAUCAUUACAUUUUGUCGAGAUUGGAAUUUUCUUUUAAGAUCAUUUACAUCACUUUCUUGUGAUACCGAUGUAUGUUUCAUAAAUUUUAGUACUGCAAUAAUGUUUAAACUAACUGAAUAUUGAAAUUUUUUUGUUUAAUAAUAAAUGAAUACUUAUUCUCUCAUAAGCUGUUAAAAGUUCUAUUUUCAUCAUCAAUUUUACGCAUUUUAGCGGACAUUUUUGAAAUGCUACAAAACAUGAAAAUAAUAAAACCAAUACAAUCGUCUAACGAGACAUGGCAGAUACGACUAAACUAAUAACAUAAGUACAUAUUGGCUAUGUUAACUAUGUCUCUAUAAAUAAUAUAUAUUAGCUUAUUAUAUUAUUUUAUUAUUAUAUAUUAUAUACGCUGCAAUUUAAUACUAUAUUCUGUGCAUUUAGAGAGUGUAAGUCGGUAGCAACAAAAACGCGCAUUUUGCGUGUGAUGGUUGACGACGGUCUACUAGUGGAGAGAAAUUAACACUGCAGAGCGCUUUUAUUUGUAUGCGUGGCUGAGUUGCACUCUCUCAGCAUACUGAGUAUAGAUAAGAAUUCAUAUCUAUGUUUUACGAUAAAUAUUAUAUCAAUUUUGUAAAUAUAAUUAAAUAAAAUACAGUUGAUUCUUAAAAUUUUUUAAAGAAAUUUGUAAUUGUAGCCUGAGCCACUGAAAAAUGGUACACAGGCCGUCACUUGUCCAUCUAUGCAUUUUCCAAUAUUUUUAAGUUUAGUGUUAAUCCCCAGAGUUUGUCAAUGAUACAAUUUUUUAUCCUUAGAAUUAAACUUCAAUCUUUUUUAUAAUAAAUUGAAGUUUAUUUUAAUAUUUUACCUGCUCUUUACUAUCUCAUAUUAAAGUCUUACUAAAACAACUGUUUCUUUGAUAUUCGCCUUAAUUUAUAAUAUUCCAAGUAAUUUCCUUUUCACCAUUCCUUUAUAAUAUCUACACCUCAGAUUUGGCUACAUCUGAAAUGAAUGAAAAUAAAAUGCACGGAGUCUGUACAGAUAGCACUAUACUCUUAAACAUCCCCAGAUCAUCUUCCUGCCAGUCAUAAGUUACAAUCACACCUGAAUACUUUACAUCAAUUGUUCACUAACCGGAAAAAUAAAAAUAAAAUAGUUCUUCCUUGUCACCUUCUCACUUAGGUUUCAGCUGUCCACCAGUAACAAUGAACAAUACCAUCAUCUCACAUUUAUCUGAAGUGAAGUACCCUAGGUUCAUAAUAGAUAGAUGAUUAACUUGGUCACCUCAUCUCAAGGAUAAAUAGCUAAACUCUGGAUUACACAGAUUUAUUAAUUUUAUUUUGUUAAGCCACGUGGUACUUCUAAUAUGAGACAUGUUUCCUCUGGCAUUGUCAUUUUUAAUUACUUAUUAUACAUAUUAUAUAAAUAGUAAUUUCUUACAAAAAUAAUAUUUAUCAAUUAUAGAAUGAUUCUGAAUCUGAAGAAGAAGGUGCAUCUACAUCAAAAGACAAAGAUGAAGUUUCUGGUGCCAAAAUUGUAAGACAAAUUAUUUUACCACACUUAUUUUAUUUUUUAAUUAAGUGUAUAUACGCUUAAAAAAAAAAAAAAUAAUAAUAAUAUUAAUUUUAUAGGAAACUGACCGUGGAAAAAGGUUUGAUUACCUUCUCAAACAAACUGAGAUAUUUGCUCAUUUUAUGACAGCUAAUCAAAAAAAAGAUGGAUCGAGCACUGCUGGCGGUGGGCCUAAAAAACCCAAGGGUAGACCCCGAAAACCGAAAACUGAAGCCGAAGACUCUGCAGAGUAAUUAAAAAUUAAAUAAAUUCUUUUAUUAUAAUUAAAUAUUUCUUAAAAAUUACUAUCAAACAAAUAUGUGUAUGUACAGUACAUGUAUAAGAGAAUACUGUGUUAUAAUUUAUACCUGUUUUUAAGUUUAGUGCUGUACUUUAUUAUCAGUACAAAUUUAUGAAUGUACUUUGAAUGUUUUUAAUAAUUUUGAUAAUGUAAAUGUAUUUGGUUGUUAUUAAGACAUCGAUUUUGAGAUAUUUCUAAGUGAAUAGAUCAGAUGAUCUAACUAUAGAGACCUAAUCAUAGAACACUUCCACACAAAACAAAUUAGACUUCCUUAAAUACAAGGAUUUUCUUUUGUGUAAUUUUUUUUUAAUACAAUUUGUAAUAUUUAUUUCAUAAAGACAAUUUUAUAAUUAAUAAUUGACAGCGGUGCAGAAAUAAUGUGUUAUGUAGUAUUUAUACAUUCAUACAUUAUAGUAUCGAAGAAAAUUAAAAAUAAAUUAUAUUUUCUUUUGAAUAUUCUUUAGACUGUAAGUUUUUAAUCUAGUAUUCAUUAUUUUGUCAACUGAAAAAGGAUCUUUGUACAGCACAUCUCAAUUGUUGACAGUUUUCAAUUUUUCAAGUUUAUACACAAUGACUAUGUGUAAUGAAAUUCUAAAUUUACAUUUUGAAUUCUAAAAGUAAAUUGAGAUUACUUCUUAGCACCUAAUUUUGCCAAAAAAGGGUUUCAUAAGAUGUUAUUCUCACAUACCCUUCAAUUAUGAAAAUAUGCUGCAUAUUUUACUUUAAAGCCACUGUCCAUAAAAAUGUUUGAAAACUUCUAAGAAUAAAAUAGAUUUGUGAGAAUUUUACAUCAAUUCAUAUCUUAAAUUAAUUUACUUGAUUUUAAUAAAACUACUAAUUAUAGUCUAAAUAUUUUUUUUGUUAAUAAAAAAUGUCUAUAUUCAUAUGUGCAGUCUUCGUCACCGUCAAACUGAACAAGAAGAAGAUGAAGAAUUAUUAAAAGAGUCAUUGGCAGCAGACAAAUACAUUACACAAUUUGAUGAAUCUCCUUACUAUAUACAGAAUGGCGAAUUACGUGAUUAUCAAGUACGAGGUUUGAAUUGGAUGAUAUCACUUUUUGAAAAUGGCAUUAAUGGUAUACUUGCUGAUGAAAUGGGUCUUGGCAAAACGUUACAAACCAUAUCACUUCUAGGGUAAAUAAUAUUAUUUAUACUUAAAAUUUUAAGAAAAAGCUCAAAAUUUGGUCUAUUUUGUAAAUGAAUAUUUGUUUAAAAAUAGACUUUGGAAAUUAAAGUACUUAUAAUCAUUCAAAAAAAACUUCUUUAUUAAGCCUCUAAAAGCUUUAAAAGUCUUAAGUGUUGAAAUAAGAGCACUUAAAAAAUAAAUUAAAUUCAAAAAAAAAAUAUAGAUAUAUAUUAAAACUUUUGUAAAUUAUAUUCAUGGAUUUUUGGUUCCAUGCCCAAGGAUGCAUGGCACACAAAGUAAAUAAAAUACCAAAAACCAUGAACAUUUGAUAAAGGAUGCUGAACUGUACAAAUAAGGGUGGUCCAUAAUUAUUGCAAAUCACUAGAAUACGCUUUGGUCAGUAGUGAUUUUGAUUUUACAUGUAAAGCAUACAAAUUUUAUUGGUGUUUUAUUAUUAUAACGUAAAUGACAAAAUGUUUAAUUAUUAUAUUAGACAUAUGUAUGUAUAUAUUUGUUAACAUUUUUUCAAAAUCUGUGUUUUUUCUGUUACCUACUCAAUGUGGUUUUGCACAACGAAUUCAGUAAAUGAGAAAUUAUUCAUUGUAUAUAAUUACCUGAAGUUAGUUCUUUAUGUAAGAUAGGUUGAUAGGUAUAUAUUGUAUAAAAUAAUGAGCGAAAAUUUACCUUAUUACCUAAUAUAGUAAAUCAGUCUUGUAAUUAUGAUUUUUACAAAAAUUCUAGCCUUUUUCUCAAAUCAAAAUGUGAAUUAUUCUUGGAAACACAUCUAGUCAAUUGAGGACAAUUUGGUCCUAAGUUAUUAUUUAUUAGUAUGUUUUACAUGUAAAUUUGACAUUACUAACUGUAGUGCAUACUAGUGAUUUACAAUAUUUUAAAUCACAUUUUUUCACUCUGGCUGUCUGUAUUUGAUGUCCUUUCUCUAGUGUUAAUGCCAAAAACAAUUACAAUUUCAUUGAUUAUACAAUCACAGGGCAAACAAAUAAGGGGGUUCAGCAGUGACUCUCAAGGUAGAAAAUAUGUCAAAAAAGCAGGGAAAAAACUAAUUAAAAGCAUUUAUUUAUUUAAAAAUUAUCAAAAAUGUUUAUGAUUAUGACAUGAAAUAAAUUUUAAUAGAUCAUUUAAUAUUGAACCAAAAAAAUAAGUAAAUGCUGACUUACAGCUGAACUCUAAAUAGUCUGAAUUUUUUUUUUUGUAAAUUAUUGAAAAUAAUGUAUUGUACUAAUUAAACACCAAAAACUAAAUAUUUGAUUUUGAUUUAAUAUAUUUUUAAAAUAUUUUUACACAUUUUUAAUAAAAAUAACUCAUAGGAUAAUGGGUUUGGGUGCAGCCACUGUUAUAGGUGAGAAGUAGGGAAAGUAGUAGAGGAGAAAUUCAAUGUAAGUGUCAAUAAAUCAUUGCUAAAAAAAAAAAAAAAAAAAAAAAAAAUAUUCAGAGCGAUGUUUGAUUUGUCAAUAAUAUAUAUUUCAUAAUGAUAUGCAUUAUAUAUUUUAUUUAAUAAUUUAUCGGAAAAAUCAAAAAAUGACCUCCCUUAAGUACCAUCCCAGCCGGUUUUUUUUUUUCAGAAAAAGUGCAAUCAUUGUAAAUUGGAGCAAGAUUUUUGGUAGAAAAGUUUUUAACAAAUCAUUGUAAAACUAAAGUAUUCUUCCGUCCACUAAGAAUCUAAAAUUUUUUUACAUAGUUGUUUAAAUUUAUGUUAUGUUAAAUAAAGUUAAUAGUAAUACAAAUUAUUGUUUUUUAUGCAGGUAUAUGAAACAUUAUAGAAAUAUACCUGGACCCCAUAUUGUUAUUGUUCCCAAAUCAACAUUACAAAAUUGGGUAAAUGAAUUUAAGAAAUGGUGCCCUACAAUUCGAACAGUGUGCUUAAUUGGUGAUCGGGAUGCAAGAGUAAGUAUUUUUAUUUUAAAUAUAUAUGGACAGUGUCCAAUUUUCAAAAUAUCUAUAGUUAUAAUGAUAAAAUACAGGUUGUAAUAAGAAUUUUUAACAAAUUUUAAAUUGUAAUUGUAGAGCAAUAAGUUUAAUGAAAAAAAAAAAGACUAAAAACAAAACGAAACAAAUUAUUUGAAUAAACCAAAUAAAUUGAUUAUAAAAUACUUGAUUGUUACCAGAAUACAUCAAAAUGUUUAUUAGAUUAUUCCACACGUAACUUUGAGAGUAAUUUGGAACACAAUUUGUCAAUAUGUUAUUUAAUAUAUUGAAAAGAAUAGAGUUUGUGUAUACAUAAAUUCAGUGUGUUUAAUAUUAACUUUUCUAAUAUAUUUUAUUAUCCAAUAAGUGUAGGGGGGAUCUAAGGGUAUUACAAUUAAAGCAUAUGUAACAAAGGAUUGUUUUGUAUUUUUUCUAAUCAAUCACUUUGUCCAAUUCAUUGGAUUUCUAGAUUAAUGGAGCAUAUUCGAGUAAAAAUCAGAUAAGAGAAGUGUAUAAACAUUUAAAGGUGAAGGGAUCAUUAAAUUCAGUACAAUUUCAUUUAAUUGUACCGCAAAUAAAUUAUGCUUUAUUUUGAAUUGUGGAUAUGUGAGAGUUAAUUUGGAAUCAAACAAUACACCUAAAUCAUUAAUUAAUGAUGAUCAUGGUAAAUUACUCUUAAAUACAAAGUAAUUGAUAUAUGUUUUUUUAUGAGAAUGUAACCACUGGACAUUUGUUAAUAUUCAAAGAAAGAUAAUUUUUAGUGCAACAUUCAUUAAACAUAUUCAAAUCUUUUUGUAAUUAUAAUUAUCUUCUAUAGAUUUAAUGGUUUUAAAAUGUUGGCAUUAUCAGCAAAUAAAAAAUUUUUAGAUUAAGUGAUUGAAAAAACAAUAUCCAUCAUUAAUGAAAGUAAUAAAAGUGAUAUCAUCUUGAAGAUCAUUAGAAAUAUAUUAAUAUAAAUAUAAUUUUUUUUCUAUUUUUCUAUAAAUCCAAUAUAAAUUGUAACAGUACUAAUAAAAAUAAACAAGACAAUUAUUUAAAAUUUACAAGGCUUUCGAAAAUAUAUAUUGUAUUUUUAUAUUCUUAUUUCUAUGGUUACCUAUUAAAAAUUAAGUUUAUUUUGUAACCAAUUGUUUAAAAUUCAUAAAUUUAUGUACUGUACAAGUUUUAUUAAAAAUAGUACAAUUUAGCUCAUGAGCAAAAAACCACUUUUAUACCAGAAACCUUUUUCCAAUCUUCAAAUGUAGUAUCUUUUCUUAAAUUUAAUUUUAUCAAGUUGGUGAAUUGAUUCUCCUUAAGUUAUCUUACUAAUUAGAAAACUAGGAAAAAAUGAAUUAUACAAUUAUAGUUUUGUUAUACUUGAUUAUGUUUUUCGUUGUUAUUCUGUUUUUAAUUAAUUUUUAAGACCUAAAAUUAUAGUGGAAACUUGUAUUUACUCUUUCUAGAUAUGGAAAAAUAAUUUUAAAAAAAAUCUCAUGAUUUUUUGAGUUCUUUAUAGUGUGAAAUUUUCCGAUUUUUAUUUAGAAAAAAUUGUUUUAGUUUGGCUAAUAUGCUCAACAAUUUAACAUGUAUUUUGUGUAAAUAAAAUUUUGUUAAAAAAUCGAAGAAUUAAGAAAAACUGUUCAUAAUCGUUUUUCAUUAACAAUGGUAUAUUGUUAUGUACAGAUAAACAUUAUAUUGAUUUGUGUAUCCUACUUUUCAAACUUUCCACUUAAAACAACGGUACCUUCAGCAAUAUCAGCCUUUUUUUAAAAAAAAAGUUUGUAUUAUUUUAUGAUAUAUAAGGUGAAUUAUAAUUGUUAUUGGAAAAGAAUCCUAAAAAGAAUUGAAGGAAAUUAGUAUGAAUAGAGAGGAGUGAACUAAUCUACAGAUUGUUAAAUAAUUUUAAGAACAUUCAAACUUUGUGUACUUAAUAACUUUAUACCAUAAAUAAUCUAAUAUAAUCUUUAAUAUUUAUUUGUUAUUAUAAUUUAAAAAAAUGUAUUUUAGAUUAAAUUUAUACGAGAAGUAUUUAUUCCUGGUGAUUGGGAUGUUUGUAUCACAUCCUAUGAAAUGAUUAUUCGUGAAAGAGCAGUAUUACGAAAAAUUCAAUGGCGUUAUUUAGUUAUUGAUGAAGCCCAUAGAAUAAAGAAUGAAAAAAGCAAGCUUUCAGAAAUACUAAGAGAAUUAGACACUGCUAAUCGUUUACUAUUAACUGGAACACCAUUACAAAAUAAUUUACAUGAAUUGUGGGCAUUAUUGAACUUUUUACUGCCAGAUGUAUUUAAUUCAUCAGAUGUAAGUAACGAAAAAAAAAUAUAUAUUUAUAUAUUAAUUUAAAUUUAUCUACAGGAUUUUGAUUCAUGGUUUAACACAAAUAAUUGUUUUGGAGACAAUGCAUUAAUUGAACGGCUCCAUGCUGUAAGUAUUUUAAUAAAUAUAUAUUUAUUAUAACAAAUAAAAUAUAAUUUAUUGUUUUAUUAUAUGUACAUUUAAUAUUGUUUAGGUGUUAAGACCAUUUCUCUUAAGAAGAUUGAAAGCAGAAGUGGAGAAACGUUUAAAGCCUAAAAAGGAAGUCAAAGUUUAUGUUGGCCUUAGUAAAUUACAGCGAGAAUGGUAAAUUAAUACUAAUAAUAAUAAUAUAAUAAUUUUUAUUUUAUGGAAAUAAAUUCCAAUUUCAAUGAAUAAUUUAUUUAUUCUAGGUACACCAAAGUUUUAAUGAAAGAUAUAGAUGUAGUUAAUGGUGCUGGCAAAGUAGAAAAAAUGCGGCUUCAAAAUAUUCUUAUGCAGUUACGGAAAUGCAGUAAUCAUCCUUAUCUUUUUGAUGGUGCAGAACCUGGUCCUCCAUAUACUACUGAUGAACAUAUUGUAUGCACUAUUUUAUAAUCGUUUGAAUUAAAUAUAAAAUAAAUAAUUUCAUAUUAUUAUAUUUUAGAUUUACAACUGUGGAAAAAUGGUUGUAUUUGAUAAAUUAUUGAAGGCUUUGAAAGAACAAGAUUCUCGUGUUCUUGUGUUUAGUCAAAUGACACGUAUGAUGGAUAUUUUAGAAGAUUAUAUGCAUUGGAAAGGAUAUAAUGUACAUAUUAAUUUUAUUAAAAAAAAAAAAGAAAAAUUAAAGAAAUAUAAUAUAAUUUGUUUAACAAAUAAUAAUAUUAUAAAUUAUUAUUUUUUAUUAGUAUAAAUCACAUUUUAUAAUUUAAUACUAUUUUAAUUUUCAGUAUUGUCGAUUGGAUGGGCAAACACCUCAUGAAGAUCGUCAACGCCAAAUUAAUGAAUAUAAUGAACCAAACAGUAAAAAGUUUGUUUUUAUACUUUCUACUCGAGCUGGUGGUUUAGGUAUUAAUUUGGCUACAGCUGAUGUGGUAAUUCUAUAUGAUUCAGAUUGGAAUCCACAAAUGGACUUACAAGCUAUGGUUAAUAUACAUGUUCAUUUGAAUUCUAAAUUAACCUAAAAUUAUUAUUAUUAAAUUGCUAUUAUUAAUUUUAUUUGUAGGAUCGAGCUCAUCGAAUUGGCCAAAAAAAACAAGUGAGAGUUUUUCGUUUAAUUACAGAAAAUACUGUUGAAGAAAAAAUUGUUGAAAGAGCUGAAGUCAAGCUUCGAUUAGAUAAAUUAGUUAUUCAACAAGGUCGAUUACUUGAUAAUCAGAAAAAUGCUCUAAAUAAGGAUGAAAUGUUAAAUAUGAUCAGGCACGGUGCAAAUCAUGUUUUCCAAUCUAAGGAUUCUGAGAUAACUGAUGAAGAUAUUGAAACUAUAUUACGGAAAGGAGAAGAAAAAGUACAAAUUGUAUUUAUAAGCUUAAUUUAGAAUGUUUUUAAUGAUCAUUGUUAUAAUUUAGACUGAAGAAAUGAAACAGAAGUUAGAAUCACUGGGAGAGACAUCAUUAAGGAAUUUCACUUUAGAUGCUCAAACUGAGUCAUCAUUGUAUACAUUUGAAGGCGAAGACUAUAGGUAUAUAAUUUGUAUUCAUCAUUUAAGUCUAAGUUAAAUAGUAUGUAUUAAUUUAUAACUAUAUUUAAAUUAUACUUGUAAAAAAUGUGUUUAUUUUAUUUGAAAAAAGUUUAAAAGAAAAUAAAACCAUAAAUGUUCACAAUUAAAUAUUUAAUAUCUAUCCAUAAAAUAUUCUAACUAUUAUAACUUGUUUACAGAGAAAAGCAAAAGUUAAUUGGAGUUGGUAGUUGGAUUGAACCACCAAAACGAGAACGUAAAGCAAAUUAUGCUGUUGAUGCUUAUUUUAGAGAAGCCCUUAGAACAUCUGAACCAAAACAACCUAAGGUAUUUAUACAAGUUAUAAUUUCAUUUUAGAUUUACUGCAACAAGUAUUUCUAGGCCCUGAGGCAACAAUCUUAAUGCCCAUUUUUUUUUUUUAUAAUUGGAAAAGUAAUUUACACAUGUCACAUAUCUAUCACAUAUCAAAAACUAAUUCUUGUUUAUAAGUUUGUGAGGUCUACUAUAAUUUUGCUCAAAGUUAAAUAAAUCUGCAAUACUUUUUUGGUCUAUGUUUAGUACUAUGAUAUUUGUUAAGCUGGCUGAUUAAAUUUCUCAAACAAUUUUUAAUUAAUUAUCAGCUUUGAACAUGAUUAUUCUGCAUUUAUUGUUACUGGAAAUGACAAAUAACACACAAACGCCCAAAACCUAAAUAAACAAAAUAACUUGUUGCAAUCGGUAGUGAAACCUUUUUCUAGAAAAUAUAUAAAACCAAAUAUUGAAUAUAUUUUAAUGUUUAAUCAAUUAUUAAAAAGAUAUAAUUAAGCUAGUUAACUCAGAACUAUCAUCUGAUUUGUACAUUUGUCUAAAAACAUAAGACUUUCAUAGUUUUGAUUCCUUUAGGUUUUACUAUUGAAUUUAGCUUUAAAAAUUUAAAUUUAAAUUUAUAGUAUCAAUAAGUGAAAAAAAUGCUUUACCUUUAAAAUUAUAAUUUAAGAGUACCAUCUACAACAUUUAAAUAUUUAAUAAUUAUUGUCAAGUUUGUUAAAUUAAAUGGCAUACCUUAUUUUUCACAUAAUUUUUUUUUUUUGCUUUUUUUACACUAUUAAAAAUCAUUUUUAAGAUUUUUAAUUAAAAAAAUUAUAUCAAUUGAUCACGUGCAUUUUGAACAUACAUAUCAAGUUUCGUAUCAAUGAUUGUAGGUAAUAUGGUAGAUUACUAUCUAAAGCUUAUUGUUCAUCCUAUUUUUAAAUUCAUUUUUUUUUUUAAUGGCGUUAUUGUAAAUUCAGAGAACAAAACAAAAUCGUAUACUUCAAUUUAGCAGGGCAACACUGUUCACUUUCCCCUAAUAAAACUGUAGGUAAUACUAUUUAAAAGGAAAAUAACUCAAUAAUAACAAAAAUGUGCAACUAUAAUGUUUUUGUAUGAUUUAGAUGUUACUAUUAAUGUAUUUAUGUUAGUUUGGCAAAAACAUUUGUAAUUAUGUUUUAAAUUAAUUUUUUUUUUUUAUUAAAUGACUAUUAUUUAAUUCUGAUAUCUAAAAUGUUUAUUUGUUUUAUAGGCACCUCGACCACCAAAACAGCCUUUGGUUCAAGAUUUUCAAUUUUUUCCAACUCGUUUAUUUGAUUUACUCGAUCAAGAAAUAUACUACUAUAGACAAUCUGUUGGGUAUAAAGUAAGUCAAAAUUUGUUACCUAAAUACAUAUUUGUACAUUAUAUAUAUAUAUAUAUAUAUAUAUUAUGAUGGGAAAAUACAUUCGCCUCAGAAACUAAAAAUUUAAAAUAGCUAAAUUGUAGAACAAGAUUAGUAAUUAUAACAUGAAAAAAAAAAACAAAUAUAUAUAUUAUUUAGACAUCAGAUCUUUUUAUUUCACUCUGUAUAUAAUUUUUGUAUUUCUGUUAUUUUUACCAGGUUCCAAAAAAUCCAGAAUUGGGUUCAGAUGCAUCUAAAAUUCAAAAAGAAGAACAAAAAAAAAUUGAUGAUGCACAACCACUAUCUGAAGAGGAGCUAGCAGAAAAAGAGCUUCUACUCACCAAAGUAAAUCUAAUAAGUUUUAUUUUUAUUAGUUAUAUUUAUAUUUUUAAUUAUUGGUUUUUAGGGCUUCACUAAUUGGAGUAAACGUGAUUUUAAUCAGUUUAUUAAAGCCAAUGAAAAAUAUGGCAGAGAUGACAUUGAUAAUAUAUCAAAAGAAGUAGAGGGUAUAAAUUAAUAAUUUUAUUCAAUGUUUAAAAGUUUUUAAUUAAUAAUAUUAUUUGUAUGAAAAUAAUUUCUAUUUUAGGUAAAACUGCUGAAGAAGUAAGAGAAUAUAGUGCUGUAUUUUGGGAAAGAUGUAAUGAGUUUCAAGAUAUUGAUCGAAUUAUGGGGCAAAUAGAAAGAGGAGAAUCUAAAAUUCAACGCCGAGCUAGUAUAAAAAGAGCUCUGGAUGCUAAAGUAAUUUAUUAUAAUUACUUAUUAAAGGCAUUAUUUUUACUUUAUAAUAAUUAUGAUGGAAAGAAUUAGAUAUUAUGAUUCAACUUCUAAGUACCAUAAUUAGUAACAAUUUAUUUAUAUAUUGGUCAAUUUUUUUCUAAUUUUAAUAUUACUAUCGUUAAUAUGGGUUUAUCAAACCAUUCAAUUAUAAUAUAUAUAUAUUUGUUUACAUAAUAUACGUACUUUUUAAGUAUUUCAUGUAGUAAAUGUUAAUGGAUUUUACUUUAAACAGAUGAAAAGAUACAGAGCUCCAUUUCAUCAGUUGCGUAUUUCAUAUGGAGCAAACAAGGGCAAGAAUUAUACAGAAGAAGAAGAUAGAUUUUUAGUUUGUAUGCUCCAUAAACUGGGUUUUGAUAAAGAAAAUGUUUAUGAUGAAUUGAGAGCCGCUAUAAGGUUGGUAAUAAAUCUGUAGUAAUAAUUUUGUAUUAAUUCUCAAUAUUUGAUUUAGAUGUGCUCCUCAAUUUAGAUUUGAUUGGUUUAUUAAAAGUCGUACAGCCAAUGAACUGCAGAGGCGGUGUAAUACAUUAAUUACUCUGAUUGAGAGAGAGAAUCAAGAACUAGAAGAAAAAGAAAGAGAACAAAAAAAACUACUUAAAAAGAAUUUGAAGCCAGCUCCCUCUCCUGCAGCAGUUAAGAAGAAAAUUGACAAAAUAGAUAAAGUAGAUGUGAGCCAAGCUGAUCUUAAAUCACCAGUUCCAAAGAAAAAGAAGAAAUAAGCAUCUUUUAAAGAUAUUUUUCAAACUAAACUAUUUUUUAAAAAAAUUUUAUUUUUAAAUAAUUAAAAAAAUAAGUUUUAUUGAACAAGUUUUCAUUAAAUUUUUGUUUAACUUAGAUUAAUUGGUUUUUUUUUAUUAUUUGAUUACUGUAUAACUUUGGUAUUGUGUCGUCAAUCCAUACUAAAACAUUCGAGCAUAGAAAACCUCCAGAGUACAUUACUAUUUACUAGCAGAUAAUAUAAAUUAUUUCAUUAUUUCAAAAUAUAAUUUCAAUUUUUAUAUUAUUUGAGUGUUUAGUCUUUUAACCUUUAUUAAACUUGUACAUCCCAUAUUUAGUGUCUAAUUAAAACUUACAUAUUAUGUAAAAUAGUUAAACUGGUGUAGUUUGUAAUUUAUUCUUAAUCAGUCUAUUUGUCUGUUAAACUGCAAGAUGUAAAUCUAAUCAUAUAGAUAUUUCGGUAAAUGGUUUUUAAAAGUAGAACUAAUGGGUGACACUAAAUUUAUAAUUAUUUAUACCUGUAAAGAAAAAAUAUUUUAUAUAUGCCAACUUAAUUUAAUGAACAUUUAAUUUUUUUUAAAUAUUAGCGUUUAUAUAAUCAAAUAGGUUGCAUAUUGGACUAUUACCACUAAAUAAUUAAUCUUUCUUUUUCUUUGGGCUUUAGUGUAUAAUUACAAAAUUAAUUAUCUGCAAUAUACACUUUUGUAUAGUGAAAACUCAGCACUAAAAGUAUUGAAUGUUAAUAAUGUAAAAGAAAAACAACUAAUAUGAUAUGUAUAUACUUUUUUAAAUAAUAAAUUAUAUUUUGUGUAUUACCAUUAAAUGCAUAAAGGUUUUUUUUAAUUAAUAAAAAAUGAAAUUAUAUUUUCAAUAAAAUGACAAUCUAAUGUUAAAACUGUAUUAGCUUAAAUCAAUUGAACAGCACCUUUUUUUACAAAUUCUGCAACUGAACUAUAAGGCAUUAAGUGCUGUGAUCCAUCUUCCAAAACAAUUUCUUCUUCCUGACUUUCUAAUGUGUUUUGUAUAAUGACACUGUCUAUAUGUUUAUAACAUUUUAAGAAAACAAAACUAUUUAAAUUAGGUUUAAUAACCUUUUUAUUCAUGUCCAACUUAUUAUAUAAUUGAGGCAUGUGUCGUAAUAUUGUGUCAAAAUGAUUAUCAGCAUUCUGAGCAAAUUCUUUGGCAAAUUUCAACUCUGCUGGGGAUAAAUAUGCAUCUGCUUCCAAACGAUUUGAUUCUUCUUCAAGCACACUAACACAAAAAUAUUCAAUUUUUUUCAGCCUAGUUCGUAAAUAGCUUGUUAUGACAAAUUUAAUACGUUCCAUUUCAAGUUUGUGUAAAUCUACUUUUGGAUCAGUUUUUGAUAAUUUAGCCAGAUUAUCUUCCAUUCCUUUGAUUUGUUCCAGCAAACAAUCAACAUAAUCAGUUUGGUGUGGUAAUAUUUCUGGACUAAAUUUUUCAUUCAGCCAUGCCCGUUCAACAAUUUGUAAUACCUUCUGUGCAGUCAUCUCUUCUUGGUUGUCAUCAUCUUCAUCGUCUAUCAAGUCGAGGAUAUCAAUGUCCAUAAUAAUUCUAAAAUAAAAAUGAAUACACAUCACUGGAUGAAAAAUACUCUACAUACAUGUUUAAUACUAAUUAAUUAAUAGAGUAUUCAAUAUUAUGUGCAUUAUUCAAGUAAAUUGAACCAAUUAAAAACAAGUUAAAAAAAUAUAUAUGUGAAUAUUGAAAAAUGUGUAUUUUAAAUAAACAUAUUGUUAUACAGUUCAAUGAUUGACACAUAGUUGUUAUUAUACAAUAUAUUAUAUUAUCAUUUAAAUGGAAAGUACAAUAUAGAAUAUAAUUAAUGUUUUUCAUUUAUUAAUUAUUAUAUAAAAUUAAUGUUUACAAAGCUUUUAUACUAUCAAUGAGGGGACCUUUGAGUUUUUUCAUUUUAUGUACACCAUCUGGAUCUAAUUUGAAUAUACUGUCAAUAACAGAGAUCUCUGUAGAUGUCGUAUCUGUACCGCAAACAGCACACCAAUCAUUCACUACCAUCCCAGCACCAACAACAUCUGAACCACGAUUUACUGUACCAGCUACAAGAGGAACCUGAAUUAAACCAGACAAUUCGUCUAGGUCUUCCACAGUGGUCUUGGGAUGAACUAGUCCACCUUGAUUAGAUAUAGCGCAAUAUGAACCUACUAGGCAGUUAGAUGCAACAGUUUGUCUGUAUACUUCAACGUUUAGAGUAUCUGAAAGUAUUUCUUCAGUAUCUUUGUCCAAAUCUGGAUGAACUAAUGCUACAUAGUCGUUGCACACCAUAACAUUUCCAAGGGCAGACAAACGUUCUUCUACACGCUGAACCUUAACAUUGUCUGGCAAAGAAUUACGUAUAUGUUGUAAUUCAGUAUCUGUUGUAGAAUUAGGUAAUAAUAAACCAUUUUUGUUGCCAACUGCCAUACGGCCUACAAUACGACAUCCAGCAACAGAUGCAUGGAUAACAGGUAUAACGUCAGACAACUCUGAUUCAAAUACACUGUAGAAAGUUUCAGAAGCACCAAUUCCAACUAAACAAUAUGAGUUGGUCAACUUGCUGAAUACCCCAAUUUCAUUGUUGUUUUCAAACUGCGCUCUGACUGCCAUUUUUGUUUUAUAAUAAUAUUCCCAACCAGUCCUGUAUACAAAAAUUGGUAU